GAUCCACAAUCAUUCACGUCACAGCCUGAGGGAGAUGAGGCUAGAACAGGAUAAUAGCCCUUAAAUCCCCUUCUCUAAGCACUCAGAUCUUCGCUGUCAGCAAGAUUAAAACGGUCAACUGCAGUCUUCAUGUGUCUGUUUCCCACACGGAGCUUUAACAACAACUGGCAUGUUGGCUGGCAUGGAAGAAAAUGCAGAAACACUGCUGUGCGUGACAGUACUCAGAUAAAGAAAGAAGAAAACAGAACUGUCAUCCUUUGUAGUGUUAGAAGGGACUGGUUCUAAUUCCUUGAUCAGGUGACUGCAAAGAAGGGAGAAGAGUAAGGAAAAAUAAUAUGUUGCAGUUUAACAUGCGGCGACAGUUUCCUUUCCUAAAACAUACAGGCAGAGAGAGGGAAGCACCGAACGUCCUCCCACAGCCUGACAAGGGGAAGGACAAUGAAGGCAUGCAUGUAGACUGGCAGAGUGGCUUUUCUGCUACUGCUCCAUUGAACUCCCAGCACCUACUGCUCCUGGGACCUGAGGGAAAUUACAACUAUUAUGUGGACGAUGAAGAUGAGGAAGAGGAAGAGAAAGAACAAGGAAAAUGGCCAAGCGGAGAACCAUUUGAGGGAGAAAAUAAGCCCUCAUCAUCCAUACCUUGCUCUCCUGCCCCCUCCUUUGGAGCUCCAGCUUCCACUUCAUCCGUGCUGAACAUCAAUGUCGGUGGUCAAUGCUACCACCUCACCUACCAGGCAGUGGCCAUCUAUCCAAAGACCCGCUUGGGCCGCCUGGCUACAUCCACUGACCGCCGCUGCCAGCUGGGCCUGUGUGAUGACUACGCUGCCCAGGUAGAUGAGUAUUUCUUUGACCGGGACCCAGCCGUCUUUCAGCUGGUGUACAACUUCUACGCCUCAGGGGUGCUGCGUGUGCGGGACGAGCUGUGCCCCCGUAGCUUCCUGGAGGAACUGAGCUACUGGGGCGUGCGGCUCAAAUACACACCUCGCUGUUGCCGAAUCUGCUUCGAGGAGCGCCGUGAUGAGCUGAGUGAGCAGCUGAAGGUCCAGCGUGAGCUGCGCUCCCAGGCAGAGGCUCAGGAGAAUGAGCAGCUCUUCCAUCACAUGCGCUAUUAUGGUCCUCAGCGCUGGCGCCUCUGGAACCUCAUGGAGAAGCCCUUCUCCUCUGUCACUGCCAAGGUGAUGGCAGUGGCCUCCAGCUUCUUUGUGCUCAUCUCUGUGGUGGCUCUGGCACUCAACACAGUGGAAGAGAUGCAGCAGGUAGACCGUAAGAGCGGGGAGAACCGGCCUGUCUUGGAGCACAUUGAGACCCUGUGCAUCGCGUUCUUUACACUGGAGUACCUGCUGCGCUUGGUCUCUACCCCAGACCUGCGCCGCUUUGCCAGCAGCGCCCUCAACGCAGUAGACCUGAUUGCCAUCCUGCCCCUCUACCUGCAGCUGCUGCUUGAAUGCUUUGCUGAUGAUGACCAGCCCCGAGGUCGGGGCUCUCAGCACGAGCAUGAUAUCGAGAAAGUGGGACGAGUUGGCAAGGUGGGGCAAGUGCUUCGCAUCAUGCGUCUCAUGCGCAUCUUCCGCAUCCUCAAGCUGGCCCGCCACUCCACAGGGCUGCGUGCCUUUGGCUUUACCUUGCGCCAGUGCUACCAGCAGGUGGGCUGCCUUUUGCUCUUCAUUGCCAUGGGCAUCUUCGCCUUCUCUGCCAUGGUCUACACAGUGGAGCACGAUGUCUCCAGUACCAACUUCACCAGUAUCCCCCAUGCUUGGUGGUGGGCUGCCGUCAGCAUCUCUACAGUGGGAUAUGGAGACAUGUGUCCAGAAACUCACCUUGGCCGCCUGUUUGCUUUCCUCUGCAUUGCGUUUGGAAUAAUCCUGAAUGGCAUGCCCAUCUCUAUUCUCUACAACAAAUUCUCAGACUAUUACAGCAAGCUGAAGGCCUAUGAGUACACAGCUCUCAAGAAAGAAAGGGGGAAGGUGGACUUCACACGGAGAGCCAUGAAGAAAAUAUCUGAAUGCUGUGGAGAACAUGCAACCCACUCUUUGUCACAGCACUGAGUUUGGGCUUUGGGUACUGGGAGGGAACAGGGAAGCUGAAGAAGAAAGAGAAACAGAUCAGCCAAGCUAGCUGAAGAUAAACUGAAAAGGCCAAAAGUAGAUGGCAAAAUCUGAUUUGAAGGGGGUUGUUUUCAAUAGAAAACAGGCUUAGAUUACAACAGAUUUUUUUUUUAGAUUUUUUUUUUUUUUUUUUUUUUUUUUGGCUUUCCCAGGCUGUGAGCAGCACUUUAGUGUUCAUCAACUGUCUGGGAUGGUAUUCUUCAGGUUAACCACCUAGAAACUCUAAAUUAGGCCUACAUGAAAAGGUAACCCCUGCUACUGAUUAGACCCACUAUAAAGACCCAUCAUAAUCAAACCAAAGGAAAAAAAAAAUGCUUCCAUUAAUUAUCAGCCACCUCACAGCUAUCAAGGGAGUCUCAAAAAUUAAACCAACAGAAUACCCAAUAUACUGACUGCAUUGCUGAAACUGGUUUUGCAUUAGCUUUCAAGCCCAGGAAAACAGCCUCCAGCAUUUAUCUGAUUAUCAGCAUCUAUAUUCUUUAAGCUUUAAGCUUCUGUUUCCACAGCCAGACAGCUAUGCUUCAUUGUUCCAAUUU